GAACUGCCAGAAAGAAUAAGAAGUUCUUUCAAAGUGAGUUAAAUUGGCAACACACGCAUUGCCCAGUAGAACUGCUGUGUUUUUUGCUUUAAAAUUGGUGAUUUUAGCUACCGAUUCCAGCUCCAGGGAAACCUUUCAAGAUGUCUUCCGGUGAUCAACAAACGCAGGCCACUACUGGUCAGCCACAUCUGCAGAAACAGGAUCUUUCUAAGUUGGAUAUUGCCAAGUUAACUCCACUCUCGCCGGAGGUUAUUUCGAGACAAGCCACCAUCAAUAUUGGAACCAUUGGUCAUGUAGCGCAUGGAAAGUCCACGGUUGUAAAGGCUAUCUCCGGAGUUCAGACGGUCCGUUUCAAGAAUGAACUGGAGCGAAAUAUUACCAUCAAGCUGGAACCGUUAUCCGACGAGCUGAUUAACCGGUUAACGACCAGUCCGGCUGAGUUGGCACAGUUCAUGAAAUUGACCCACGAAAGGUACAAAAUAGUAACACCCCCGGCAGCGAACGGCAAACGUCGACGGUGGUCCGACUCUAGUCCACCGUCUGUCGAUGAGAACCGGCUGAAGCAGGCCAAAAUAUCCAGCUAUUUCAGUGGUGGUCCGGCAGUGGCGGAAAAUGGAAAGUUCAAGCAGCGAAAUAUCGAGUAUUAUUUCGGUCGAACUAUGAAUACCAGCAAUGGAGAUGUCAAGGACGAUAGUCAGAACGGUUUUCACGAGGACACCACGGAAAAACCACCAGACGAUGACGAUUCGACAAUCAGCACAGAAUCGCGACGUAGAUCGCACAGGAGCUUGACUCCGAGAAUCUGCAUACGACGAUUGUCUACUAGCAGUGUGAUAUCAGUCUUGAGUGGAGGUAGCAGCACGGGAUCACCGGGCACCAGAGCCAGUGGCAAUCGGGACGGAACGCCAGUGUCAACUGGAAGCAAGAAGCGAAAAUCAUUUUCAAAACCGAAGGCCAACAAAGCCGGUGAAUACAGCGUCGAACAGAUUCUUGACAUUCAGGAAAUUUCCAAUGCGCCCUACUUUGAAAUCAAAUGGCGUGGUUACAGCACCAACAGUAACACCUGGGAACCGUUGAAUAACAUCGCAACAUGCGAUUUCAUCAAUGAGUUUUUGCAGUACCAGAUAGAAUCCUAUCAGGACACCAUUGACGAGAUUCGCGAGGAAUUUCGUCAAUCCGAAGGGUAUCAGGAGAAGCUUGCCUUACAGGAGGCCAAACCGUUUCAAGAAAUUCUGAAAGACUAUGAAAAUUUUGAUCAUAAAUCCUUCGACAGUGAUUUAAUCCUGUUCGCAAAGAUUCGCUCCAACGGUUCCAAAAACAAACGCAUCUACGAUCGGUUGCUGUCGAAGAUAUGGCAGGAAAUGUCCUACCGGAAACGUCAUGAGCAGCUCGUGAAGAUAAAACAGUUUGAAAAUAUGAUAAACGAAUUCGAGCCUAGCAGUAAGAUUGUAGUGGAAAACUUAGAAGAUUUGGAUGUUCCCCAGGAAAACUUUAAGUACAUCAAAGAAAAUCUCGCCGGAGAAGGUGUCGAGAUUCCGGAUGAUCCACCAUACGGUUGUGAGUGUGAACAGUGUGGUUAUCGAAGCGAAUGCUGCGGUAAGAUGGCCGGAUCUCGCUUUGCCUACAAUUCAAAGAAGCGUUUGAAUGUUUCGCCGGGGACUCCGAUCUACGAAUGCAACAAGCGAUGUCGCUGCACUGCCGAGUGUACGAAUCGUGUCAUGCAGAAUGGACGCAAAUUCAACGUGUCACUUUUCAAAACAUCGAAUGGCCGCGGUUGGGGUGUCAAAACCAAUCAGACUAUCUACGAGGGUUGGUACAUAACGGAGUACAUCGGUGAGGUGAUCACCUACGAGGAGGCGGAGAAGCGUGGCCGAGAGUACGAUGCCGUAGGUCGUACCUAUCUGUUCGAUUUGGAUUUCAACGGAAGUGACAACCCGUACACAAUCGAUGCCGCCAACUAUGGCAAUAUUGCACGCUUCAUCAAUCACUCAUGCGAUCCGAACUGUGGAAUUUGGUCGGUUUGGGUCAACUGUCUGGAUCCGAAUCUGCCCCGAUUGGCAUUCUUCGCCAAGCGGAAAAUCGAAGCUGGCGAAGAACUGACGAUCAACUAUCAGACUCAGAUUAACGAGAGCCGGGCGAUGGAUGUCAGCCAGGAGGACGAGGAGAGAGGUGACGGCGGACCGGGCAGAGGUAAACCGAUUCCGGAAAAUUUGACCGAGUGCCAGUGCGGAUCGGAUAACUGUCGAAAGUAUGUGUUUUAGCUUUGUCCAACGGUGCUCGUGAAUGUUUGCACAUGUUUUACCUUGCAACCCGGUUAGGUGAAUUGUAUCGUAGCGAGUAAGAUAUCAAAGUAAUUGUAUUUUUACAAUUUCUCAAUUGUUUCAUUAAGUUUAACAAUACAACAAAGAAAUCCUGCUAAAUAAAAC